CCGGUAAACCAACUCGAGGUAAACACAGUGUUAACCCAUUACUUGAUCUCGGACCUCUGCACUAGGCGGCAUACUAUUGACAGAAACAUAAAGGGACCUACAAAAUCAAUGCAAUCCGUUUCAUUAACUAAAUAUCAUGUAGUUUAAAGACUGUGUAUAAAAGACAUUAGAAGGUUAAGUCAGCCUACUUCUAAAACUAAUAGAGUUGGCCGCUUUCAAUGAGGACAUUGAUUUCUUGAAAACAUUCAACAGGCACACACCUUCAAGCAGUAACGAUAAUUAGUAGGAGUUGCGGCAAAAAGCGAUUUCACCAUAUUGAAACCUAGCAUUCUGGGAAACAAGUCAUAAACCAAAAAGGUUUGGAGCACGCCAAAUCAUUCAGUUGUCUCUACUUACUCAAAGAAGAUUGUGUUGAAUGGAUACAUUAGCAUCUAGCUAGCUGCAAGACAUGCUCAAUACAGAGUUUGAAAAGAAAACAGAACCACGAGACGUUCAAUGAUCUUCGAUUCCAAGUAAAGAACACCCACCGAAGCUUUCAUGGAACAUGCUAUUUGUAUACAACUUGAUCAAGCCAGUCUGUGUGGCUAGCACCAAACAAAUAUCAUGAAAUGACAGACACGAGAGAAAGAAAUAAGAACUCCCUAACAUUAAAAUAGUUAUGACUGCGGGAGAUUCAUCUGGUCAAAACAGAAUGUAUGAAGAAAUAUCCACAAAGACUACGACCUCUCUUCAGUUCGGUAAGACUAAGGAAUCCCGUUCUGAAAACCAAGAGGAGCAUUCCGACAAAGAAAGACGUUCGACAAGUCCAGAUGUCCAAGCUAACAUGAAUGACGACCAUAUGUUUGAUAUUUACCUUGAAGACAAGACACGUGGGAGCUUGGAAGGUGAAGACUCUAGUUUUGUUAGCACCGAUCAAGAAGAAGACGAUGAAGAAGGAGAAGAUGGUAAAACUGUCAACACUGACACCUCUGGCACUACUGUCCAAAGAGAAGACACAGAUCUGUCCAAUGAAAUGUUCCCUCAGCUUUCUAUUGAUGAUGUCCUUCAGAAACUGAACGAUGUGCAAGUCACGGAAGAAUCAGAGUUCUUAGAAGACAUACAAAACACGGACUCAGAGGAUUUAGAAAAGCUGCAAUAUCUGAACAGAUCUAAUCUUGUGGUAAGACGACUUCUCGCCAACAACAGAUUAACGGCUAGAGAAGUCAAGAACACGACCAUCGAUCCGGAUAUCAAGUCCGUAGUCAGUGAAUUUCUAAAAACAAAUGUAGUAGGAAACUUUAUUAUAUCCAGGGUACUUCGAGAGAACUAUGCUACAUUCUACAGUUGGCUGUCAACUCACUUACAGUGUGAGCGUAACUCAUGGGCAGUUCGACUGAAACAAACAUUAGAACAAUACGAGUCAUUGAGAAGAGACAAUAUAGUAAACCAAGACAUCAUCAUGGACUCGGCACACAAAGUUGAUCGAAUGGUGCGUUUCUGUUGCCAGUCCAAGGUGUGCGAUUUCAAACUUAAAAACGCAGACGAAGACUCUCCAGUCUACAGCACAUUUCCUUCUCUUCAACCUUUGCCAGAUGUAACGAAAAAGAAUGUAUUUAGCAAAAAAGCCAAUGGAAUAGUGUCACAGACUUCAUUAGUUCAACAAAACAAAAAGUCAAUUGUUGGAUCAAGUUUAGAAGCUAGUAGCACAAUGAACAGUAGAUCUGUUGGGAAUCAUGGCCAAACUAGUUUUCAUUUGACAACGUUUAAUUCCAGUGACAGUAGUUGUACUUCCGAAAAUAGUAAUUGUGCAAACAAUUUAGUAAACAGCCAGAAAAAGGUAGACAUGCAUUUAAACAUUUCAGGUCAACAAAAAGAAAGCAAAAAAUAUGAACACUUGAAAAGCACACCAUAUUCUCCAUUAGAUAAUGAAAUCAAUGGUGGUACAUCACAACAGCCUAUGUUUGAGGAUGAAGACACUAAGGACUGGAAAGAGAUUCUUUGUAGCAGCAUUCAACAGUUGGGGCAAAUAUGCGAAAGUUUUGUAUCCGAGAGACAAGAAUGUUUCACUUAUUUAGGCGCUAAAACAAAAACAAGUUUAAAUGAUGCUAUGUCCGCAUUUGUGAUGAAGCGACACACUAGCGGACAGAGCAAAAAGAGAGAGAUAGAACAAAGGCUUUGCGUCUUAGAGAAGGAAAACAAAGCCCUUAUAGAAGAAAUGACAACAUUACAGAGCACGCUGCGAGACAAACAAAAAGACGCUCUAAAUCUCCAGACACAGCUGGACAGGUUAGAAGACAUGCUAAGUAGUGCUACUUGUGCUAAACUCAAUAAAUGUGUCGGAACAGACAACACAGAACAACCAGUCAACAAUGGAAUUAGUAAGCAGAUUGAAAAAGUCAACCAAACGCCUUAUAGGUAUAAAAUGAUUUUAAGAAACAGCCCUACACAAAAGGGAUAUAAAGAAAAGGGCAUUUUAAACAACGGAAGAAAAGAAUCGAGAGAUGUUGAGCACACAAAUACUCACGCAUUGACUACACCCACGAGUUUUACUGAGACGCCAUCCAGUGAAGAUAACUCGAAUAAUAGACACAUCAAGUAUGUUAGAGAAAAGUCAAUUAUAGAGAUAUCGGAAGAGAAACUCAACGUUCUAAAGCAAAGGGCACAAAAACUAGAACAUUCUCUGCACGACGCUAUCACUAGCAUGACUCUGAUACACAAAGAACAAUCGGAUUGCGACACUUCGUCAGGCAGUGUAUUAAAUGUUACAGGCUUCAAUAGCAACCGAAACAAUGCAAAUAAACCAUUGGCAAAAUCACAACAUAAGAAAGGCGCAGCACCGAGACUUGCUGUGAUAAGGCGGCCAGCGUCACAAGGGAGGAGUCAGUCUGAAACUCUUCUAGUAUCUGAGCCCACCAGUUUUCUCACGGGAAGAUCACUUGCCUUAACUUCACAAAACACGGACAGAUCACUGGCCCAGUCUUGUCUUACGGUGAUGGUAGACAAGAAUAAGUCCGAUAUACAGACCAAAAAAGACUACGAGCAUUACAUUGCUGCCAAGUCUAACAGUGAGCACAGCACGAGCAAAGCUGCAAAGGUCAAAGUGAUAUCACGACACAGAGCUGCUGGGAACGCCAUGGUUUCCAAAUGUCUGAGGUGUCAGAAACUGUUUUAUGCCAUGGACAACCACAAACUGGCUUGCUUCUAUCACACCAAAGAAAAGGAACGCAUAGAGCACUAUGACCAGACAGGGAAACUACUGAGAGUGACUCAAGCCUGGAUGUGUUGUCAUCAGCCUCAAGAGAUUGAAGGCUGUUGUUACGGUCAACAUAUUUGACGAUAUUGAAGACACAAAACUUUGUAUUUAUUUCAUUAUAAAUAUUAUAUUUUUGCUAUCUAGAUCUAAAUGGUAUUAAAUUUUAUAUUAUCGUAUAUAAAAUAUAUUGGACAUGCUAAAUUAUUCAUAGCAGUAUCGAGUUAAUAAUUUUUUUAGUUUUACUAAUAAACUGCA